GAUGCCGCGCACUGCGCACACUCUCUGAUGCGCGUUCACGAUCUCCUGGCUGCGCGCCUGUGGCUAAACUACUGGCUCAGGCUACUGCCCAUGGAUCUACUACCUCACUGACUACAGACACUGACAGGGAUUUUUGGAUCUGGGGAUUCUUUCAAGUAUUUCUCUGCGGCGCGUGUCCGUGGUUGGGAGCAACACGCGCAUGGUGACCGGAUUUGUUUCUCAUUCUCAGUGGUCAGUGAUGGAGGAAGACGAACAGGACAAACUGUAGGAGAAAAAACAUAACAUCGUAACAUCGUAAUGCCACAGGCUCUCUGCACACUUCCUCUGCUGCUGGCACUCACGGGAUAUGCUUUGGCAGGGCUCAGUAUAUGGCCCUCUCUCCACAUCGCCCUUAGCAACGCCAGCAUAUUUGUGGAUUUCACAUCAAAUUCCAGCAACAGUACAAUAGUUCAAAGGACUCUUUCUUUAGUUAACACAGAGACCAACACCACCUUAACGGCUCGGAAGAUCCCAAACAUCCCAACAACUUUUAGGGUGGAGUUCAACUGCUCUUGCUUCCUCUAUGCAGGAACCUUCCGCUUCUUGCUGAGGCAAACAAGCAUUGGCCUUGGAGCUUCUCACAAUAAUGGGACAAACCAUGAUGGAGUGGAGAGUACUACCUGGUGGUGGAGUUCAGAACUGCAAGUGCAAUGGCCCACUUUUCAUGUGGCUGUGGAGAGGGCUGGAAACCACUCUGGCUCAUUUCAGGUUGGUAUAGCCACUAAUGAGCACUUCACAGCUUGCAGUAGGGGCAUAGACUCUGCUCUUUUCCUGGAAGUCGGCUUCAUGGAGUACAACCAAAUUGGUAGAAACAGCAUCGACAAGGUCCGAGCACGCACCCGCUAUCCCAUCAAACCUCUCCGCUCCCAAAGCAUCGAGCUGCCAUGUGCUUUCCCAUUCACUGAAAAAGACUUCAUACGAGUAGCACUGAAGUCACCUCAUUCCACUCAGGAUGUUAAAAGCUCUGGACCUCUGUAUUUGUCCAGAAUAUUCUCUUACAAGCUUCUGGUUGAAAAUGGCAAUGCUUAUAGGAGUGCAUGUGAAGGGACAAUGUCUGUUAAGCUGCUGACUCCACCGUGCGCACACGUAAAUGGAAAAGUAUUGCUCUACAAGGACACAGGAGUCAGUCCAAGUUUAUCCACCUCCGGGACAGGAAGUAUCACACUGUUGGGCUUUGGUACAGAGGAACCGGCAUCACCCCCUCUGGCGUAUAACUGGCUCACUCAGGGAGAGAAUGAAACCGAAUUUAACUGCUCAGUGUUUUACCCUGGGAGGAAUAAGUACUGCUUUCGCUUUGUCUUCAACUACAGCCGGUCACCAAGUCCAGCGCAGACGUGUUUGGUGGUUCAUAGGAGUGCAGAGUCUUGGGGUCCUUGGCAGCCUUGGAGCUUGUGCAGCGUUACAUGCGGUGAGGGAGUGAGGGAAAGGAUCCGUAAUUGUUUGUUGCCCUCUGGUGGAGGUGGGCUGAAGUGCACCGGCAUGGUGAAAGAACAGUCUCUCUGCUCCCUUGAAGACUGUGUUGUGUCACCUGUCUCUACUCCAUCCCUCCCACCCGUCCACACUGGAACUUCACCCCUGGGUAAUAACAUUGUGGCUGUGGUGGGCAUCUCUCUAUGCCUGGCUGUGAUUUUGGCUACUGUUAUUGUAACCGUGUGGAGAAAGCUUUGCCAAACCCCUCCUUCCUGCAGCUCAGUUCGUCGGGGCUCUCUCCAUUCUCCAGGGGGGAGGAAGUUGUCUGAUGAGGCAUCCAUUUGUGCCAACAGCCUACAGCGGCCCAGCGUCACCGAUGGCCAUAUUACAACAACUGGGGUUACUGCCUCUCAGAAAGACUUAGCUCCUAUUACCCCUCCACCCCUCACACAGACUCUGGUGAUACCUAUUGCACAAGACCCAGAAAGACUGUCCCCUAGUGGUCAGAAGAUGCUGCCUCCAAUAUUUGGGUACCGUUUGGCUCAGCAGCAGUUAAAAGAAAUGAAGAAGAAAGGUUUGAAAGAGGCCACACAGCUGUAUCAUGUCUCCUCAAGUCCAGUUCAUGACACUCUGCUUGAAACCUCGACUUCCCCCACCUGCUCCCCCAUCCCCUCCCCAACGGCGUUCCCACUGGGCCCACCCAAAGAAACCAACUCAAGCCCUUUUCGAAUUGCUGCACCCUUUUCUGACAUGCCUGUCCAAACUUUAAGGACCACACCUGACAGACUAAGUCCCAGAGUGGAGCUAGUCCUUGGACCUCCUGUUUCUGGUCAUUCAAAAAGUGGUAGCACUGGUUGGAGAGACCGGACAGCGGACUGGGUGGAGAUGGUGGAGAGGAGUGGAUUGGCUGGGCUCAAGCAAGGAACUGCUCCAGGAAAUGAAAACAACUAUGAAUAUAGGAAUCCUUAUUUCCGUCGAACGUGUAGUUUUAAUGACACUAAGCCUCAGCUUUCAUCUGCUGCACUCGCAAGGCAGUUCAGAGAAAGAAGUAUGACACAGGUGGGAUCUCGCACUCUUCCUGAGGGGAGCAGUUGGAAGAGAAGUGGAAAGUUGCCCCCUUCUUAUCCCUUUACAGAAGAAAGUGCAUCAGAAUGGGCCAAAGCAAGACUCCAGAGAAAAAAUUUAAGGAAGACUUGGAGUGACACACAAAAUAAUGAGGUUAAACAUACUGGCACUAACACAGACAAUUUAAUUUCAACAUCUGAAAGACUCCUCAAGCCUGAUCCAGUAGAAAAAGAGGUUCCCAGAACCCAGGGCAUCUCUGGUAUUGGGGGUCCAGUUGCGGGACAGGACCAUCCCAUUGGAAUGAAUCACCUCAGUCUGAAUAGGGCUGAACUGAACUGGAGUCGACGUGGUCCUUCUCCCAUACAGAGGAACAUGCUGGCCCGCAAACUGAAGGAGGCGCAGUCAUCCUCAUGUGCUAGAGGAGGGCGCCAGCGCAGCUCCACAUUCAGUGUGUCCUCAUCUCAGCAGAGGAAGAACAGGUGCAGGUCUUUGCCCAUGUCUGGAGACUUCAGCGGCAGCAGUGGGGGCUCGCCCUACAGACUGAGCGAGGCUGAACAGAAGAUGAUGGACCUAGAUCUGUCCUCUCCAUGUGAAGAGGGAGACGAGUAAAUUGCAAGCGUUUGAAAUUUUAAAAAUCUGUUGUUGAAUAUUAAGGAUUAUGUGUAUGCAGUAAACACUGAUAAGGCAUAGCAUGCCACCUCAUAUGCAGUUCAUAUUCAAACAUGAUCAGGUGCUCUGGUCUAGCCUUUCUCAAGAUAUACAGCUCACGAUAAAGAGAGAAUGUAUUUUGUUUACUUCAUCUGUCAUAAAGUACUGCAUAUAUUUGCUGUGAUCUUUGAAGUUUUAUAAUAAUUGUAUAAUUUUAUACUAUACAGGUUUUAUGAUAUAUUAUAUUGUUUAUUAUGUGCAGUGAUGCUGUUUGUAUUUAUAGGAUGCAAAAUGUACAUUCAGGUUCAAUGGGUAGGGACAAUUUGAAUGUAAAAUCACUGCAGACCAUUGCCUUAAGUUCAUGCACAGUUUAUAACACAGGGAUUUAGGCCUAUGGCUACAAUGCAAGUUUUAUUUUGGAGAAAAAGGAAAUGAAGAAAUAUGACAAGUAAUAACAAUGUCAAUUCAGAUCAUUGUAGAUUUGUCUGUUGCAUAUUUAAAUAGAAAAAGGGUUCAAAUUGGGAUGCGCAGAUUGGUAUUGAAAAACCGCAGCAGUGCAGGAAAAUUAGCUGGAUCGGAUAUUGGUUCCAUGAUAUAUUGGUUUGGCUUUUAACUGGAUGUAAUAAGACUAUUUACAGGCUGAUUUUGACCUAGACCAUAUCAGAAUGUUUGAACUUUUAUUCAUACAAAGCUGUUUGUAACUUACAAGAAAAAUAGCAAUUACAUAACACAAUUCAAUUUUGUAAUAAGUUAACUGUGUUUUGAGAAAAGGAAAAAAGCAAUUUUCCCCCCUACAAUGUUAUUGUUUUUUAUCGGAUAUCAGCAGAUACUUAAAGCCAUAAUAUCAAUACUGAUAUCAAAACAGAAAAAGCUGGAUUGGUGCAUCCCUAGUUAAAAUAGUUAUACAGUUAACUUUGUUGUUUAAAAUGCUCCAUCUCCGCUCCCCACAGCAUCCAGGAACAUCAAUGGUCUCACUUUGAUUGUCGUGUGCCGAAGGGAGUACCAGAGACCUCUCCACGGACCCCAAACCACACCAUUGUCCAGCUGACCAGAAUACUUCCCGUUUCUGUAGUAUUUGCCAUUUAGGUUGGCUGCAUGACAUCUGUAAGAGAGAAAUGUAGUAAUGAUAUUGUAGUCAUGUAGUUAUGAGUCAAAAUGAACUUGAUUGGGAGUUAGAGGUAGAGUUACGGGUAAAAAUGAAUUUCACAGCUGUUGUUCUAGAGAUAAAUAGACAUUUUAAAAACAGUGGGGAAAAAAAAAAUCUGAAUAAAAAUAACAACAGAAAUUUGAAGUGACAUGUAUAAAGUAAUAUUUUAGCUAUUUUGUGGUAAUUUUUCAGUGCAAUGACAUUGUGGGCAUGUUUAAGAACAUUUUUGAUGAUUGCCAUAAUAUUGUCUCAAUAUUGUCAGUUGAAAGUUAUUAGAUGAAAACCACUACUGAGAAUAAUGUUGAAAUUUGAAUGAAAUCUGUGAACUGAAUAUUUACCGGUUGAACCACCAGCCAGCUUGAUUCUCCUGAGCACAGUUGCCUUGAUGAUAUCGGUCAUUAUCCUGUCAAAGAUCUCUGUUAACUUUGCAGUACACUGUUCAAGCAUGACAUUGAAUUUGAAUUUUGUGAUGUUGUGAUCCAUAUUUAGCCACUAUUUGGUAUGUCAAACUCACUCAAAUGCUUACAGUUUUCAAAACAUUGCUACAGUAAAAAUAAGUAUGAUUUUUGUGUAAGCUAUGAACAAGAAAUUAAAUCA